AUGGUCAUUGGCGGGAACGCGGCGUCGAGCUCCCCUAUGAGACGGACACCAGGCUCGAAAUGGCCGGAUGCUCUUCGAGCAGCGGCUCUAACCUCAUGUCGACGAGCUCAUCGGCUAACUCACCGUUUCGACCUUGACGCCGAUGUUCAAAGCGCAAGACAGAGCACAAAGAACGUGGAAGCCUCCCUUCAACCCCAGCGUCAAGGCGCGUGUCGCAAGGCCGAAACUGUCCAGAGCGUCAACGCCGGUGAUGCCGUAGCCUGCAAGGAAGCGCUCGACCUCGGGAAGCCCAGGUCUAAGCCCUACGGGAUGGAGUUUUUCGUGUCGCAGGAAAUUCAAGAGACCGCGCAUGGGCGUCUUGUGGCUUCCAUUCGAUGUCCGCAUGUCGCCGAAACUGGCAUCGAGCCAAUCGUACAUGAUCCAGAGUUGACCAAGGACGGUAUUCAUGGCCUGGGCGACAGUUUAGAGGCUUCCCGCGUCGCUGUUGCUGCCCAACAUGCUCCGGGCGGAGUUCGUAUUCCCAGUGGACUGUGUUUCGCUAUCGAUUGCCCACCGCGCAAGCCUCCCCUCGCUCUGAACUCAGGCCGUCACCAGCUGUGUGCCGUGGCUGGGAGGAAUUUUGUGUUCGAGACGCCGGUCUCUAUGCUGACAAUCAACCCCUAUUGCUGCGGAGGGCAAUUCGGCGGCUCGCUCCCAAAGAACUCCUCAUCGGGGAGGGAUAGAGAAUUGGUAUCAGAUCCUGACCUUGACCCCGUCCACAGCCCCAACGAUUGCGAGCCCGUUUCCAGAUCGGCCGCGUGUCCGGAAUCCCCUGGCUUUUGUCUCAACACUAGGUCUUCUCAUGGGAGCACCCACCCAACCAGCGCGCUUCCUCUUAUCGAGAUGUCCCCAUAUGCGAAGCCGCAGUCAACUAGUCCUCUUUGUUCUUGUCGGCGACAAUCUCGUCGACCUGCUCGCUCAUUCGACCGAUGUAUUCAUCGAGGGUGCGCAGGAGACCUAAAUCGCCGAGCCGGCCGCGCUUCCCCGGGCGGUUGAGGUGGGCGAGGUGUCGGUGACGCAAUUGACGACGUAGAGCGUCGUGUCGUCUGCUAACACGAUCGGUAUAUCCCGAGACAGGUCACGGUAGUGCCUCUAGUGCCAGAUUGAGCGAGGUCGAAGACAUAAUAUACAUACUGAAGGAAACUCUUACAUUCUUUUCGGAAACCUGGGAGUGCUGAAUUGUUAAAAUCGUGGCGGCAGCUUUCUGGAUGCUUUCUGAGAAGCGCUUCGGCGUACGUAAGAACACUGUAGCGCUGAGCGGGGCCGUCGACGCAAACAUAAACGCACUGUAGAACGUGGUCUCGAAGAGCAGGGUAGAGAUGACGGACGGAAUCAGGACGAGUGCAUCUACUCGACAAGUGCGCAGGUGGCGGUUGG